GAACAAACUAGAAGCCAUGAGCCUCUCGAACGCAGAAUCGCCGAGUCUCAUUGUGUCCAUCAAGGAUGAUGGAAUCGCCAUUCUAGAACUGAAUAGACCGAAAAAAAGGAACGCACUAUGCCAGGCUUUGAUCGAUGAGCUGAUCACGGCUUUGCGUCAAAUUGAUCGCAACCCCACGAUAUUCGCUACCGUCUUGACCAGCUCUGGCCCAUUCUGUGCUGGCGCAGAUCUAACUGAACUGGCGAAGCUUACGACAGCUGAGGCAACCUGUGUGGGAUGGCUCAAAGACCUGAAUGAAGCGUUCUCAAGUUUUCGGAAGCCUAUUCUGGCAGCUGUGAGGGGUUUUGCAUUAGGCGGUGGCUUUGAACUCGCACUUAUGUGUGACAUGGUUUACGCAACAGCAGAUGCGCGAUUUGGUUUCCCAGAGAUUACCCUGGGCACGAUACCGGGAGCAGGUGGCACGCAAAGGCUCACCAAGACCAUUGGAAAGCAGAAGGCGAUGGAACUUAUAUUAACUGGUGCAACCACCUCGGCAACGGAGAUGGAACGUCUAGGCGUUGUGAAUAGGGCUGUCCCCAACGGAGAAGAUGUAUUGGAGGUGGCGACAGCAAUGGCACGGACUAUUGCGUCGUUUUCAGCGCCAGCGAUUGGGCUAGCUAAACAAGCUGUUCUAGCAGCGGAGACGACAACCUUGAAGGCGGGGUUAGAGAUUGAGCGUGCAUUGUACUACAGCAGCUUCUCACUUGAGGAUUGUCGCGAAGGUGUUGCGGCUUUCAAGGAGAAACGAAAAGCAAGUGUCCAACACCGUUAAAUGGCAGGGGCAAUGGAAAGCUCGGAGCAAAUCGUCUGUUGGAACUCCCGAUUCGGGCCUUCUAGUCGGACUAGGCUUUUUGUGAUAACACGUCCGCGCCAUAAAUUAAGGUGUUUAUCUGAGCCCCGCCACGCGGACAAAUUAUAUGCGGGGGUGUUAAGCGCUUUGACAGGUACCAUGAGACUGGCUUGGCAGUGAUAAGUAGCUGUGUUAUUCCUUCCGGCUCGUUGCCAAGGUUUUGUAUUUUAGGCUGCAGACUGCAACAUUCGAUACCAAGAUUUCACAAUGCACC